ACUCGUCUUCUUCAUCUCAGUCCUUUAUUUCAAAAAUAAUAUCAGCUCCAUAUCUCCUCCCCAAAUUACUCUAUGUUUUCCUAUACGGCGGUAUGGGUGCUGCAAUCCCAUUUCUCCCCAUUUUCUACAAAAAUUCACUUAACCUGUCUUCCAGCCAGAUCGGAAUAAUUUUCUCGAUCGCCCCAUUUAUUGCUGCCAUAAGCUGUCCUUUAUGGACCGGGCUCGCAGACAAGUUUCAAGCGCACAAGGCGAUCAUGAUCAUUACAUAUGUGGCAGCAGUGGCUAGCAUUGUUGCGCAAAUGUUGUUGCCCAGAGCCGAUGCUGUCGAUGAGGAAGGCGGACAGUGGUCCGAGCAAGAUUCGAAAGACAGUCCCGGAAGAGGAUCGAUCAUGGCUUGGGUAUUGUUUGCGGCAAGUUGGUUUGCAUUCUUUGGAAUUCCUGUUAAUGCCUUGGUCGAUAGUGGCAUAUUAAAGAUUUUAGGGGGUAAGAAAGAACUGUAUGGCGAACAACGACUCUGGGGCUCGGUGUCUUACGGUCUCUGCACAUUCUUUGUUGGUAUCCUCAUCUCAGCAUCAUCAAUAGACGCCGUCUUUAUACUUUUCUAUAUCUCUGCGAUUUUCUUUGGUCUCUGUGCAUUAUUCACGGAUUUCAAUUCCGCAUCCGUCUCCAACCCCACAUCUCGGCCUCUUUCCACAUAUGCCUAUCGCGGCCCCGCGGCAUUUAAACCUCUCAUCGACAUUGAAGAUUCUGAUAAUGAUGCCGGACGCUCGUCUCACGUAUUCAGCAUCGAUGAUUCGUCAAACAACGGCGAUAUUUUUGAUACGUCCGAUGAAGAGGACAUUGAUGACGAAGAGGAGGAGGAAGAUAACGAGGUUUCCGUGCCGGAUUUAGAUGUAUUGGCUUUCCCGCCGAGUGCCCCGACUAUAAAAAAUGCAAGUCUGGUCGAGAAACCAUCUUCGGCUGUUAUGGUUUUGAUUACUAACCCAUCAGUGGCGACGUUGCUGAUUACAAUGUUGUUGAUGGGAACGGCGAUGGCGAUAUGUAACGCAUUUUUGUUGAUAUUUUUGAGUGAGGAUCUGAACGCGAGUUCUACUGUUCUUGGGUUGACUGGACCGAUGAGUGCAAUAACCGAACUAUUGUUUUUCUUCUACUCAAAGGAUCUCAUAAGCCGAUUUGGAAUUGCGCAAUUGAUAAUGCUUGCUCAUAUUGCGACUAUCCUUCGCGCAAUUACAUACGUCUGCCUCCGGCCAAACACCUUCUCACACAUUAUCGCGUUGCUCGUCCAGACACUCAACGGAAUGGCGUUUACCUCUCUGUGGGCGUCUGGUGUUACGCAUUUGACUAAUCUCUCUCCACCUAACCUCGUAUCGUUUUCGCAAGGAUUAAUGAUGGCUGCAUUCGCGG